CCGGGCGCGCCAACCUCAGCCACACCUCCGGCCUCCAGAACCUUCCCAGCCCACCCGGCCACGAACGCGCCGCGCGGUCUAGAACCUUCCAUUCCCCUCCUGACAAGUCUCGCCGCCUCCCCGUACAAAGGUGACUCAAGGCGGUAUUUAUCACUGACACCCGCCACUCUCCCGCGGCGCAGAGACUGUUCCUGCCCGCGCCGCGCCAAUUGGCUCUUGCGCGAGAGACAAUACUGUAGCAACGCCUCUUCUUGGUUCUUGGGAUCGCCGCGCUGGAUUCUUGCGUUCCCAAAGAACGGUUCGUCGAUCGCAGCAGAGAAUUUGCCUGGGGAUCGUUGCUUCGUUACCAUUCGCGGCGUAAAAAGAUCGGGUCUUUGGGUUGGUUGGUGGGCGACACGAUGGACCCGCUGCUGCCGGGUAUGGUGACUGUGAAGGAGGAGUGGCGGCCGAGCUCGCCGCCGGAGGAGGAGGUGGAGGACAUGGACGCGGUGGGGGCACCGCGGCCGAUGGAGGGUCUGCACGAGGUCGGGCCGCCGCCGUUCCUGACCAAGACGUUCGACCUGGUGGCCGACCCGGCCACCGACGGCGUCGUCUCGUGGGGGCGCGCCGGCAACAGCUUCGUCGUGUGGGACCCCCAUGUGUUCGCUGCCGUGCUGCUCCCCAGGUUCUUCAAGCACAACAACUUCUCCAGUUUCGUCCGCCAGCUCAACACCUAUGGUUUCAGAAAGAUUGAUCCAGACAGAUGGGAAUUUGCCAAUGAAGGUUUCCUCAGAGGUCAGAGACAGCUUCUGAGGAUGAUCAAGAGAAGGAGACCACUGUCCUCCCUCCCUGCAUCACAGCAGCAGGCUUUGGGCUCCUGCCUCGAGGUCGGCCACUUCGGACGGGACGAAGAGAUUUACCGGCUAAAGCACGACAAAAACAUCCUGCUCUCGGAGGUCGUGAAGCUACGGCAGGAGCAGCAGAGCACGAGAGCCGACAUGCAGGCCAUGGAAGAGCGGCUGCAGCACGCAGAGCACAAACAGCUCCAGAUGAUGGGGUUCCUGGCGCGCGCGAUGCAGAACCCCGACUUCUUCCACCAGCUGAUCCAGCACCAGGACAAGAGGAAGGAGCUCGAGGACGCGUUCUCGAAAAAGAGGAGGCACAUCGACAUCGUGCCGUUCAUCGGCGCUGCAGGGGAGGCCAGCUGCCGGGCUCAGAGAGAGGAGCUCGACUCGACGUUCUUCUUCGGGUCAAGCAGGGAGUUCGAGGAGCUGAAUGGGCCGGGAAACUCGGAGCUGGAGAACCUGGCGCUGAACAUCCAGGGGUUCGGGAGGCGCAAGCAGGAUGAGAAGGGUGGCCGGAAUCAGGCCACGAGCGGCGAUACGACGGAGCUUACCGAUGAUUUCUGGGAGGAGCUGCUGAACGAAGGGAUGAGAGGCGAGGCUGAGAUGUCAAUGCCGGAGCUGGAGAGAAGGCCGCCCAAAUACGUCGACGCGUUGGCGCAGAAGCUGAGCUCUCUGAGCAAUAGCACGGCGAAGUAGAGUUUGUGAUCGUAUCAUGGCCCUCCGAUUCGUCCAUUUGACGUAGUGAUAGCUCUAUUGCUGUAUAUUGCAGUGAUAACCGGCGGCGCCAUUAUAUUGCGGAUUCGCCGGGCCGAGUUGUGUGGUAUUUAAAUACAUGUCGUUUUAAUAACGAUAUGUAUUUAUAAUUAGAGAGAGUAUAUAUUAACGAUUGAUGUACAGGUUCUUCAUUCUUAAUUGACAUUCCUUUCAUCCUUGCAUCAA